AUGGAGCUACAACUUCUUGUGGAAAAGUGGAGACUUAUGCUAGCUGGGAUAGUGUUUCAGUAUUUACAUGGUUUGGCUGCUCGAGGAGUUCACUAUCUACAUCGACCUGGGCCAAUCUUACAGGAUAUUUGGUUGAUAGUGCUUCCCGAGCUUGGGAAGCAAUGGUGGAGAAGGCUGGAUGAUUUACCUGGGUUGAUCCUGGGCCGAACAUUUCAUCCCUUUGUCUAUCACAGCAAAGGCUUCUACACUGUCCUGAUCUGGCGCAGAAUUUAG